AUGGGGACAACUGAUGCACUUUCACUACCCGAAUUAAUUCAUCAAGUCAAAGAUUUAAAUAGUUAUGAUGUGGUAUUACAUGUUGGUGAUUUCGCCUAUAAUAUGGAUUCAGAUAAUGCAAGAGUUGGUGAUCAAUUUAUGCGUAAUAUACAACCAAUUGCAUCAAAAGUUCCUUAUAUGACAUGUGUUGGUAACCAUGAGGCUGCUUACAAUUUCUCAAAUUACAAAGCAAGAUUCACAAUGCCUGGAGGUGAUGGUGAAUCGCAAUUUUAUAGUUUUAACGUUGGACCUGCGCAUAUUAUGGCAUUUUCUAGUGAAUUAUAUUACUUUUUAUUUUAUGGAUGGAAAACAUUAGUGACGCAAUAUGAUUGGUUGAUUAAAGAUUUACAAGAAGCGAAUAAACCAGAAAAUCGAAAAAAUCAUCCAUGGAUUAUUGUAAUAGGUCAUAGACCAAUGUAUUGUUCAAAUAAUUUUGAUCCAAUGCAUUGUGAUUUUGAAAACAAUAUUGUACGCACCGGAUUCGACAUAUCACCUGACCAUCAUAAAACUGUAUAUCUUAUGGGAUUGGAAAGCUUAUUUUAUCAGUAUGGUGUGGAUUUAAUCAUUGCUGGUCAUGAACACUCAUAUGAGAGAUUUUGGCCAGUUUACAACAGAACCGUUUGUAAUUCUACAACAAGUCAAAAUCCAUACAAUAAUCCAAACGCUCCAAUACAUAUUGUUAGUGGAGCUGCUGGAUCAAAUGAAGGUAAAGAUACAUUUAUAUAUGGUGGGAAACCUUGGUCAGCAUUUCGAACAACUGAUUUCGGAUUUACUAGAAUGACGAUACAUAACGUUACUCACUUAGAAAUUGAACAAAUUUCAGUGGAAAAUGAAAGAAAAGGUCAAGUGAUUGAUUCCUUUACAAUCAUCAAGGAUAAACAUGGAGCAGGUUUAUAUACUUGUCAUAAUAAAGAUUCAUUUGAUUACAACAGUAUUACAGAUGUUUAA